UCAUUAUUAGGCCAAUAUGGGAUUAUUUUGGAGUCACCCACAAGUACUGCACAACGAUAGAGUACUAAAAAGAAACAGAGCCUUGUUUGAUACCACGGAAAAUAAAGUUCCUUUCAAAAAGUCCAAAGGAAUUGAGAAUGAAAGUUUGGUGACUACGACAACCAAGAAAGAUAACCUUCUCUUAGCUUCCGCAGAAGAGUCGGUUUCAGUGAAAACCUCCGUGUGCAAUUCCAAGACAGUCGCGCACAAUUCAAAUUCCAAGAAACGACACAAGUUUGCUAUCGUGAUUGGCUACUUGGGAGCAGCUUAUCAAGGAAUGCAGCGCAAUCCGGGUGCCGUUUCAAUUGAAGGAGAACUUGAGAAAGCGCUCGUUGCAACUGGUUUGAUUCCGAAUAACUUGGAAGGAAAUCUACGAAAGAUAGAGUGGUCGAGAGCAGCACGUACUGAUAAGGGUGUUUCGGCAGCCGGACAAGUGGUUUCAACAUAUUUACUUGUUGACAAAGACUUCGAACGAGAACAAGAUAUAUUGAAAAGGGUCAACGAUACUUUACCAACAGAUAUCCGUAUUCUUGGAGUUUAUAGCGUGUCUGGUGGCUUUCAUGCAAAGAACGCUUGUGACCGUCGAAGAUACUCAUAUAUGUUUCCUUCUUGGACACUUUGUCGUAGUAAACAAGAACAUGAAAAGAUGUUGAAAGAUUCGGAUUACAAAAAUAUAAUGAAGGCAAAGGUGGACGACUUGAACGAUCUUUUGAAGUACUUUAUUGGAACUCACCAUUUUCACAAUUUCACAGUUGGCCAAACUUCAAGCAAUGGUACAUGCCAACGUUAUAUUUUGGAAUUCUUUUGCUCUUUACCUUUUUUUAUCGGAGGUGAAUCUUUCCUGAAUGUGACUGUAGUAGGCCAGAGUUUUCUUCUUCAUCAAAUUCGCAAAAUGAUCGGUCUCGCUAUUGCCGUUUCGAAGGGAUGGAUUCCUAAGGAGGCUUUCAACGUUAGCCUAUCGAAGCAUCAUCGGUUAGAAACUCCUAUGGCGCCUAGCUUGGGACUAUUUUUGGAUGAAUGUUUAUUUGAGCGUUACAAUGAAAGAAUUCUGAAAAAUCACUCCGAUUCACCAGCAGUCGAAGAACUCGCCAGAAUUCGCCAAAGAGCAGAGCUGUUCAAACGACAAAUCAUUUAUGAAUAUAUUGCUUGCCAAGAGAGAGAACAUCAUGUCAUGGAACGUUGGAUGUUUCUGGUAAGCACGAAACAUCCUGUCGAUGUCUCUAGCAUUAUGACAAAGCAUGAAGAACUCAUGAACCAAGAAAUUAUUUUAGACAGAAAAAGAAAAGAGUAUAUGUUGGACCAUAUAAGCCCACUAUUUGAUUCUUCUGGAAUAUAUGGACAACAUGAAGUCACAUUGCCAUCCACUCUGGAUGAAAGAUUGAAUCGUUGCAUAGAGGCGUUGGCACCCAAGUCUAUAUCAUUCUAUUUUCGUGCUCCACUUGAAAGUAUUUGUAUCAUGGGAGAACUUACAAAGUCCUUAAAAGUUCCCUGUGUAUAUUUGACUAGCGGCAAAGAUAUUAUAUGGGGCAUAUCUGUGGAAGAAGGUAACUUUAGUAUUACAUUGUAUGACAGUCGUUCACCUUCAAAGCCUUGUUACACGAUGGAUCGAAAUGGUUCAUUGGAAGAAAGUUUUGUGUCUUAUGACUAUUUCUGUUUUGGAUGGAAAGUUGCGAACGAGUUUUUCCAAUGUGAGGAAAUACCUCAUAAGAAAAUUUCAAUUGUUUUUGAUUCUGUUCAUGAUAACAGAUGCAAAAUGGAGAUUGCAUAUUAUUGUAGUGCCUUUUUCAUUUUUAUGAAAGCGAUGAGACCCAAAAAGUCACUUUCUAAACAGGAAAUAGCAGAAAUUCUUAUUCAAGGAAUGAUUUCAAGGUCAUUAGAUAUUCCGUCAACGGAGAUUUACUCGUGUAUUUGUUCCAGAGCAAAUCAUCUACUUGUGAUUCGACCAAUUAUGGAAACUCAAAAGGUAGCCAUAGAACAUUUUUGUGUUCCUCAGUGGCUGUUUGAACAGAUGAAGUGGUUAGAAGAAUCUGCUGUACUCGAGGAGAACAAUCAUAGGCAAAUCAAAGCUCUAUGGGAGGAUUGGUUGCAAAAGGUUCAUAUCAUCGGUGCGUUAGAGUUGAAGAAAAGUGAUUUGAAUUGGAUUUCUCAAACUAAAGAUGAGAUUCCUACACAGGCACAUUCACCAGGAAUGUUACUGUGGAAGAAAAAAGGAUCCAAUCAUCGUGUGGAAUAUCCAGAGCGCAAUGAGGAACGCCAUUUCUUUUUAGAUUCAAUACAUGAGUGGAAAGCAAGUCCGCUUGAAAUUGCCAACAUUCUAAACAUUUCUUGGGAAAAUUUUUUUUCCUUAUUUGGAGAGAUAGAUAUGGAAGAACGCGUUGAGUGGAAAUUCUACUUGAACGAAUUUAUAAACCAAGUGAAUAGCAUAGAUAGCUUUCUGGUCAAUUGGAAGAACAUGGUAGAGAAAGACGACAUGAUUUUAAUGGAAAAAAUGAAACUUUUGGAACGCUGCUUAGAUAACUUGAGAGAUAGUCAAAAGUUGCUUCAACUUUGGUUCAGAAAGUUGUCCUUUUCCUGGUUUACUGCAACUGGUUGUGUUCAAUACUGUAUCCAGCCCAAUGCCAUUAUUGAAUGGAAGCCGUUGGCACUUGUACCAUCAGAUUGGACAGGAAACGACAAAGUUUGUGAGAAAGCCUCUCUACAUCCAAGCAGUGGAAUCUGCUUUUGGUAUCCUCAUUUUGUUAAGUUUGUUCGUUGGUCUAGUAACCGAAGGAAAGUUCGAAAAAGUGCUCGAAAAUAUCGUCUUCGAUAAUACACUCUAUGAUAAUGUCUAGG